AUGUCGACUACAACCAUCACCACGUCGGCUACUACCUCCACGUCUCUCUUAACAGAGAUCCCGCGAGGCCCAACAACCGCCGAACUCACCUUCUACGCCCCGCCCGCGGACAACGCCGCACCAUUCAACUACGUCGAAACUCCACCCCCCGGCCAUCCACAACGCAAUUACGGAGAAGAAACGCAACAGGUUCCUCUAAAAGAUAUCCGUGGCACUGAAUCCGCCUUCAACCUCGACAAAGACUCCUUCCAAGCCCUUCAGCACGUCCCCUCCGCCACCACCUACACCACCUUCGACUCGGACGCGGCCAUCCGCGCAACCUACUAUCCCGAAGUUGAAGCCCUGCUUCUCAAACAACUCCCCGGCGCUCAUAAAGUCGUCCUUUUUGACCACACCAUCCGCCGCGCAAAGCCUGGCAGCCCACGCCAGCCCGUAAACCGUGCCCACGUCGACCAAACCGCUGCCGCUGCCGCCGCCCGCGUCACCUUGCACAUCACCGACCCAGACGAGGCUGCCGCGCUCCUGCGUGGCCGCUACCGCAUUGUAAACGUAUGGCGCCCUCUCGGUGCAGAACCCGUGCAGUCCGCUCCGCUGGCGUUCGCCUCCGCAGCCUCCGUCAGCCCAGGGGACCUUGUUCCCAUCCAACACCGCUAUCCGCACCGCACAGGCGAGACGAUGGGCGUGCGGUUCAACCCAGCUCAUCAGUGGCAUUAUUGGUCGGGAAUGACGGGGGAUGAGCGGUUGUUGCUGAAGUGCUCGGACUCGAAGGGGCUGGCGGAUGGGAGUGUUGCGCAGUGGGUGCCGCAUUCGGCGUUUUGGGAUCCACGGACGCCGGAGGGCGCAAGGCCUAGGGAGAGCAUCGAAGUUCGAGCAUUGGUAUUUGGGUGA